AUGAGUUUUGGAUUCAAACCAGCAGCUAAACCAGCCCCAGCUCCAUUAAAACCAGCUUUUGGUUCACCAUUAAAACCAGCAGGUGGUGCUCCACCACCAACAGGUUCACCAUUAAAACCAGCAGGUGGUGCUCCACCACCAGUAGGUGCAAGACCAGGUGUUGCCCCACCAACAGGCGCACCAUUAAAACCAGCAGGUGGUGCUCCACCACCAUCAUUUGGUGCUAAACCAGCUGGUCCACCACCAACAGGUGCACCAUUCAAACCAGCAGGCGGUGCCCCACCACCAUCAUUUGGUGCUAAACCAGCUGGUCCACCACCAACAGGUGCCCCAUUAAAACCAGCAGGCGGUGCUCCACCACCAGUUGGCGCAAGACCAGGUGCCCCACCACCAGUUGGUGCAAGACCAGGUGUUGCACCACCAUCAGGUGCUCCAAUGAAACCAUCACCAGCAGGACCACCAAAACCAAUGGGUAGUUCCGCACCACCACCAUCAUCAGCUCCAGUUGCUGCACCAAGACCAUCACCAUCAGCCCCACCAAAACCAGCACCAAAAAAAGUAGAAAGCGACGACGAUGAUGGAUGGUCAGAUGAUGAAGAUGACACACCAAAAAUUCUUUGCACAUGUCGUGUUGUUAGAGAUUAUAUCCCAGCAAACAAUAAAACAUUAACAUUAAUUCAAGACGAUUUAGUUUACGUUUUCAAAAAGACUGGAAAUAUGUGGGAAGGUGAAACAAAAGGUGUUUAUGGUACUUUCCCAAAAGAAUAUGUAGUUGAACUUGAAAAGUAA